AGUCUCGCUCCUACAGUCCUCGCGAUAUGGAACAAUAGAGGAUUACUUGUCUUUGGUGCAAGUCGCGACUCCUCCUAGAUAGUGUUCGCUCUUUCGGUGCUGCGAUACUUAAGUUUAAAAAAAUUGUUCGGAUCGUUUACGUUUUUCUUGUUCAGUGAAAAAAAUUUUUUCAAAUUUUCUAUGUCCGAUUUACUCUUUCUCUCUCAAAAAAAAAUGACCGCAAAAUUUCCAUCGAUACCUGAGUGGUUUUUAAACAAAAGUGUCCUCAUCACCGGAGGUACUGGAUUCAUGGGAAAGGUCCUAAUCUCAAAACUCCUGCUGAGCUGUCCUGACAUUGGCGAUAUUUUUUUAUUAAUCAGGAGAAAGAAAGGCGCUGAUUCGCAAGCAAGAUUGAACAUCAUAUUGCAGCAAGAGCCAUUUAAGAUCCUCAGAGAACAAUUCCCAGAACGGCUGAAGAAAUUGAUAGUGAUAGUCGGCGAUACGACCGUGGAAGGACUCUCUUUAUCCGACACGGACAAGGAACGUCUUACGAGUCGAGUCGCCGUUGUCUUCCACAUGGCCGCUAAUGUCAGGUUCGACCUAUCAUUGAAAAUGGCCGUCAAGAUGAACACUUUGAGCACUGUAAACAUCGUGGCGCUAGCGAAACAGAUGUCCGUACUCGAAUCGUUUAUUCACAUUUCGACAUCUUUUUGUCAAUGCGGCGAGUCGAUAUUGGAAGAACGUGCUUAUCAAACUAAUGUCUCAGCGGAAGGUAUUAUUCACAUAAUUAAUACGAUGUCAAAUGAAAUGAUAGAGACAAUGAAACCACAACUAUUGGGUGAUCAACCUAACACGUAUGCCUACAGUAAGGCACUCAGUGAAGAUUACGUGUCAAGAUGUGGACUACCCGCAGGAGUUAUACGCCCGUCGAUAGUGGUAGCGUCUUGGAAGGAACCGGUACCUGGUUGGGUGGACAACAUGAACGGCCCGACCGGAUUAAUGAUCGGGGCUGGCAAAGGAGUCAUCCGAUCCAUGCUCUGCAACGCAAAUUACUUUACUGAUAUAGUGCCUUGCGAUAUGGCGGUAAACGCGACGAUUGCUCUGGCUUGGCAGGUCGGAUCGGAAAAGCCUGCCGAGCCGAUAUUUUUAAAUGCGACGCAGAAUCAGGAAAAUCCAAUAUCUUGGGGCGAAGCACUGGAAACGGGGAAAAAACAUGUGCUCACGAACCCGUUCUCGCAACCGCUUUGGUAUCCCGGUGGAAGAAUAACAACCUCCAAGAUUCUACACUGGUUUGCCAUCCUGUUGCUGCAUACUAUACCCGCGUAUCUAAUAGACGCUUUACUCAUCGUUACCGGGAAUAAACCUUUUAUGAUACGAGUACAAAAUAGAGUGAACGUCGGAUUAGAAUUGCUUCAGUAUUAUACCAUGAAGCAAUGGAUCUUUCGGAACGACAAUUUGCGUAAUUUGGAGCAUCGAUUGUGUCCCGCGGACAGAGAAACGUUUUUCAUGGAUACAAAGAUUAUCCCUUGGAGCGAAUAUUUAUUGGUAUAUAUCUUAGGUACAAGGCAGUAUUGUUUAAAGGACGAUCCUUCGACACUGCCACGUGCAAGACAGAUUUUUAUGUAUCUAUUUAUCGCCGAUUGUUUGCUCAAAAUAGUGUUCGGGGCUUUCCUUGUUUGGAUGGUAUAUACCUGGAUGAUUUGCACUAAGCCUAUUAUAGCAACGCUAGUCGAAACGACUGACUGAAUAUAUAAAAUAUGAAACUUGCUUAAUUAAGUAUAACUAUGUGUGUGUUAAGUAUUAUAACAAUUAUACAUAUUUAUACAGGAUAUAUCCCAUUUUAAGA